UUUCUUAAAGCUUCACAAUGAUAUAGUGAUAAAAAAUAUAAAUGACUUUCUCUCUAGAACAUGAAUAACUGAGGCAAUACCUGUUUCUAAUGAGAUGGGAUUUUGUGACAGGAUUUUCAUUAGCACAACAAUAUGGUUUGUUACAUUUACAAUCGGUUAUACCCAAGGAUAUGAAAACGUAGCUCUUAAUAAACCUACAGAACAAUCAAAUGAGUAUCGGAGCUCUACUUUCGGAGGAGAUAUUUUCGACUCAAGCAAUGCUGUUGAUGGUCUGAAGACAAACCUUUCUGCCCUCGGGGGGCAAUGUGCUAUUUCAGGUUAUAGAUACAGAAGCGCCACCUGGUGGGUUAAUUUGACAUCCAUCCAUAGUAUACACUACAUAAGGAUAUAUUACAGGACGGAUAAUGUACCUUGGGGUGCUUCAAAUGGUUACACAACUAGAUUUCUAGGAUUUUAUAUUUAUAUAUCUAACACAACUAACAUAGAAGAUGGCCAUCUCUGUUUUCACGACACAAUCUACAACAGAUCCACAAUACCAGCCGUUGUCAACAUAACCUGUCCUAUACACGGACAAUAUGUCAUAUAUUUCAACAAAAGACCCCAGGAAUCACCAUAUGCUGAUCAAUUUUCUAUAGAUGCACAUAAUGAAUUGUGUGAAGUGGAGGUUUACGGUUGCAAUAAAACAGGUCACUAUGGACCUACCUGUUCCUUACCCUGUCCAGAUACCAACUGUCGUUAUUGUCACAUAGAAACAGGUGCUUGUCAGGGAUGUAGACCUGGAUACCAAGGACAUCGAUGUGAACUGCCCUGUAAAAAGCAUUUCUAUGGAGAAGUCUGCAAAGAAAAAUGUGGGAACUGUAGUGACGGAGUGACUUGUCACCAUGUCAACGGGAAAUGUACGAACGGAUGCGACUUUGGUGUUUAUGAAGACAAAUGCAAAACAACAUGUCCUGUUGGUUGGCAUGGUAAAAACUGUUCUGAUAAAUGCAGUAAUUGCGAUACAUGUGACAGGAUUACAGGACAAUGCACGUCUCAAUGCCACGUAGGUUGGAAAGGAAAAACUUGCAGAGAGGAGUGUGCUGAAGGGCUGUAUGGACAGAAUUGUACAAAGAGAUGUGGUGCAUGCCUCCAUUACAGACAAUGUCACCACGUAAAUGGCUCAUGUCUAGAGGGAUGUGAUACUGGAUUUAAAGGAGAGCUUUGUCAAACUGUUUGUGACACUGGCUAUUUUGGAUAUGACUGCGAGGACGAAUGCAGUAAAUUUUGCAAGAUUUCACGUCAUUGUAACCACAUGACGGGCUUUUGCAAAGGAGGGUGUAAAACUGGUUGGCAGGGAAAAGAUUGCUUUCAAGUGCAAAUAUUGAAAGAAAAAGACUGUGAAUCCAGAUUUUAUGGAGUGUUAAUCACCCUUUGUUUUUGUGUUUUGUUAUUUGCAGUGAUUGUAGCUGUCCUGUGUCUGAAAAGCAGAAAGCACAAGGCAAUAAAAAUGAAGGAAGAUGAUACAGAAAUGUACCAUCAAGCUCAAAGUAUUCACAGCAAGAAAGGUACUACUGAAAAUACCCCUGGAGAUUACCAAGAACUUGGAAGUCUGGGACAGCCAUCAACCUAUGAGGCAAUCAACCAUCAACCGAGAUAAACAAAACAACCUUUUGACAAAUCACACACACUUUUAAAAUGUUGUCCAUGUAUCUUGUCUAGUUUCAACAGCAAUGAAUGUCUGUUACCAACAUAGACAUUUAAUUGAGAAAUAAACGGAACCAGAAGAACAGCA